AUGCUCUCCGCCGGUGAACGUCCUCAGCCUCCGCACGCUUCUACCAGAGUAGAUUCGCCUGCAGUCUCAGUAGGCAAGGGCCACAGCAUGCCCAAUUUUGAAACCACUCCCGGCUCGUCCUCCAACCCUUCGACCUCGAUCCGUGAGACGCAACCAAAACCUACCCAUGUCCAGCACAUCUGGGUGGUCACGGGCCCGGCAGGAUGCGGAAAGAGCACCGUGGGAAACGGUCUGCGAAAAGAAUUGGGAGUCCCUUUCCUCGAGGGCGACGAUUAUCACCCUAAAUCCAACAAGGAAAAGAUGGGGAAUGGUAUCCCUCUCACCGAUGAAGAUCGCUGGGACUGGCUGAUUUCUCUGCGCAACGCCGCCAUUGAAGCUCUCUCUCCAUCGGAGGCCAACAACUUCCACCCUCCCGCCGGCGUGGUGGUCGCCUGCUCGGCGCUGAAGCAGAAGUACCGCGACGUCAUGCGGGUCGCCGCUUAUGGGUCUCCGUCCGUGCUGAUCCACUUUGUCUAUCUCAAGCUCAGCGAGGAGGUUCUCAUGCAGCGGGUCAGCCAGCGCAAGUCGCACUACAUGAAGAGUGACAUGGUCCGAUCUCAGAUGCAGACGCUCGAGGAGCCCGAGCAGGAAUGGGACGCCAUCACGAUCAACGUUGAAGGGCCACCGGAUGUGGUCCAGCAAGAGGUGAUUGACGUCGUGACAAAAAAGCUCUCGGAAUACCUGUGA